AUUACCAAAGGGGAUCUCUUCCUUUCUUUCUUAGGGAGGAAUUUUUAUUUACUUUUUAAUUGAAUUUCAAAACGAGCAUAACGAUGCAACCAAUUUUGAGCGUCCAUUUUCAGGGCAUUACCCAAAUCGCUGCUCUCUCGUCGUCAUCAGCGCGGCAGACGAAGAAAUCGAGUUUCGCAAAACCGGAGGAAGAAACACAGAUUCCCAAGUUCCGACCAGCCAGUUGAUUUCUUCUGAGUUUUUCGUUCUUCUUCCUCGGUUCGAUGUCGCUGAGAAUAAAAGCCGUGGUGGACAAGUUCGUGAAGGACCUGAAGGAGGCGCUGGAUGCGGACAUACAGGACCGGAUUCUGAAGGAGAGGGAGAUGCAGAGUUACAUCGAAGAACGUGAGCGCGAGGUCGCCGAGCGCGAGGCCGCCUGGAAAGCCCAGCUCUCCCGCCGCGAGGCUGAGAUUGCCAAACAAGAAGCAAGGCUAAAGAUGGAAAGAGAGAGCCUUGAGAAAGAGAAAAGUGUACUUAUGGGAACCGCCUCAUGUCAGGACAACCAAGACGGAGCUCUUGAAAUAACUGUCAGCGGGGAAAAGUACCGCUGCCUUCGCUUCGCCAAGGCAAAGAAGUGAUGAACAUCAACCUGUUUGGAUGUUGAAAUUAAGGUAUGGAAUUGGAAUUGUGGUUAGGAAUUUGCAGCUCUUUUGUUUGGACAAAUCAUUAUGGGUUUGAUUGAUUAUAGUCUCAUAUAAUUCUUUUCAAUUCCUAUUUGCGCCCCAGCCAAAUCUAGUGAUUAUAUUGUUUUUGUAUGUCAUGUGUAUAUGAUUAGAAAUGUUCACUAAGUGAAAGAAUGAUAUACAUCUUGGCUACCCAUAGUUGUUUAAACUAAUAAACUUUGUUUCUGAUA